AUGAAUCCCGACGACUACGAUUUGAGUACAUCGGAUGGCUGCAGACGGGCCUUGACUCGAGCCUUGUUCGAUGCCGUUAAUGAAUCCGCGGCGGAAUGCUUGACACAAAUGCAACGAGAGCAGGCGGCGGUGGCGCGGCAUCGGGAAGACGGCAUCGGCAGACCCGGACUUACGCCGUUGCAGAAGUGCACGGUUGCGAUCCGGCAGCUGGCCUACGGCACCGCAUCAGAUAUGUUCGACGAGUACCUUCACGUCGGGGAGACAACUGGCCGCAAAUGUCUAAAGACUUUUUGUAAGGUAGUUGUGGAGGCUUUUGGCGACACAUAUUUGCGACGUCCGACUGCUGAUGAUUGCCAGAGGCUGAUGAGGAUGCACGAGACGGUGCACGGCUUCCCUGGGAUGCUAGGGAGCAUCGUAUGUAUGCACUGGCAGUGGAAGAACUGUCCGACGGCGUGGAGAGGCCAAUUUACUAGUGGCUACAAGGGCAGCCAUCCGACGAUGAUCCUAGAAGCCGUCGCUGACCACCGCCUCUGGAUCUGGCAUGCCUACUUGGAAGCCGUCGCCGACGUCAUGUAUGCGUGCAUCAUCAUGCAUAACAUGAUAGCCGAACAAGAACUUGGACAUGUCACCGAUUGGGUGGAUGAUGAAGCCGGAUCUAGCUCCAGCACGGCGACCCCGCCUUGUCGCUCGAGGAUUACCGAUGGGCUUCAGUGA